AUCUGGGAUGCCCUUGCCUAAAAGAAGCAAAUCAUAACACAAAUCAGGUUUGGGUUAUUAACAUAUUACCAUCAUGCAUAUCAAUCCACCUCAGUUUGUAACCCUGGUAAGCCCUUGAAAAAAAGUUUAUUCAAGUGAGCUGUUAGUAAAAAGAUACAAGUAUUCAGUUUACUUUUAUGUUCUUAUAGGGUUAUACAGAAAAAAAUGUGGUAUGCUAACCUUGGAUCCUGUGUGCAUUCCAGGACUGCACCAUCCGGUCAAGUCCAAUCUGAGCCACCUGACAGAGGGAACAAGAGAAUAACUCUAAAAAUGGACGAUAUGCGUGUCGACAGGAUCGCCCGCAUUUUCAAGGUCAGCAUGGAUAGCCUGUACAUCACUGAUGCGGCAAACAUCGCAAUUUUUCCGGUCGAGAGUGGGCUCUUCAGCUCCCUGGACCUGUUUGACCAUGGUCAUUACGAGAUUCAUGGAGACGUUUGGGACACUGUAGGGGCCCCGACAGCCCCAGCCCCAGCCCCAGCUCCAUCGAGGCAAUUUGCCUUUCGCAGCAGUCAGCCUGUGACUAAUGAAAAUAUGAGCAUGCUGUCGAGAUCAGUGAGGACGCCUCGGUCAUUUCAAAGGUCCAUUCAAGUGUCCGAGGUAAUGGAGGGCAAGCUUAUUUCAACAAGGGUUGUUAUAGUGCGAUUCACCGAAGCAGAGGCAACAGUAUCUGCCAUCCUGGUGAAGCUGAAGGUGUUCAUGGGAGACGAGGAAGACUACAUCCUGACAGACACACUCGGCCACGAAAUUGUGGAGUCAGAAGGGACAACUGGGUCUUUGUACUGGAGGCAGAAUUCAAGGAAAAUCCAUGGUAUUGAGAGUACCGCAUACCGGCAAUGGCGUCGACGACGAUCAAGUACCGGUGACAGAAAUGACCAUGUCUUAAGGCUGAGGGACAAUGUGGAGGAACUGCUGGAGGCAUCCCAAGGGCUGGAUGAAGUGGCUAAGAAGAUAACCGACUUGGUGACCGUCAGCCGUGGUUCUUCACUAGUUUGGCCUGAGUUCAAACAGGCCUUCGUCUGUUUGAUUUGCAUAGCUACAAUGACUCAGCCGAUGUUUUCAUCCUGCUGCCGGACCCUGGUGGGGUGUAAACUCUGCGUUGAGGAAUGGAAAAGGACGUCGGAUCACUGCCUCAAGUGCAGGGAUGACCUGCCGAUUUACACAGAGGUAGCUGGACUCUCUGCAGCACUGGACGCCUUGAAGUCCCUUCCCUAAAGAAGACUAGGCUAGCUUGUUCGUUUAGAUGUUUUUUUUUAUGUUCUUAUGAUGUUCUAAUGUUGCGUGUUGUGUUAAUGUGUUAGUGUUAGUGUUGUGUUCAUGUGUUAUACGGCUUAGAUGUUCCUAGAUGUUUUGUUAAUCUGAUUCUUCUCCAUCUCUGUUCAAAUAUAAAUAAAAGUUUUCUUUAAUGUG